AUGUCUCGCCCAGUCAAGGUCGCCGUCCUCGACGACUACCAAGGGAUUUCUGAGCCCAAGUUCAAGGCCCUCGACCCAUCCAAAUACGAUGUCUCAUUCUUCAAGGACACGCUGCGCCCCUACAACCGCCCCGACACGCCUCAAGACGUGAAAGGCAACCUAGUCGCGCGCCUCGAACCCUUCACCGUAAUCUCCACCAUGCGCGAGCGCACCCCCUUCCCAAGCGAGCUCGUCUCCCGCCUACCCAACCUGCAGCUACUGCUCACAACAGGCAACCGCAAUCUGGCGCUGGACCUCGACGCCCUACAGGCGCGCGGGAUCCCCGUCGUGGGGACCGGCCACCGCGCGCCCCCCGGGAAGGCCGGGCCGGCCCUCGCAGACAGCACGACGGAGCACUGCGUGGCCAUGGUGCUCGCCGCGGCCCGCAACCUCGCCCAGGACGACGCCGCCGUCAAGUCCGGCGCUUGGCAGACCGCGCCCGCCGUCAGCUUGCGCGGGAAGGUGUUUGGCGUGGUGGGCCUCGGCCGUCUCGGAGUGGCUGUCGCGCGCAUCAUGAGUGUUGGGUUCGGUAUGCGUGUGGUUGCGUGGAGUGAGAAUCUGACGCAGGAGCGCGCUGAUGAGAGGGCUCGGGAGGCGGGGCUGCCGGUGGAGGAUGCUGAGGGUCGGAAGACGUUCGCGGCGGUCGGGAAGGAGGAGUUAUUCCGGACUGCGGAUGUGGUCAGCAUGCAUCUGGUGCUGUCGGAUCGCUCUCGGGGGAUUGUUACGGCAGCGGACCUGGAGAUGAUGAAGUCGACAGCUAUCUUUGUCAAUACAUCUAGGGGCCCGCUAGUGGUGGAGGAGGAUUUGCUGGGUGUGCUAGAGAAGGGCGGCAUCCGGGCAGCGGCGCUGGAUGUGUUUGAUCUGGAGCCACUGCCCCUAGACAGUCGGUGGAGGACAACGAAAUGGGGCCAGGACGGGCGAAGCCGGGUACUGCUGACGCCACACAUGGGAUAUGUCGAAGAGGCCACACUAAAUGCGUGGUAUGACCAACAAGUCGAAAGCCUCCAGCGGUGGGAGAAGGGCGAGGAGUUGGUCGAGCGUCUGUGCUAG